GAAUUCUUUGCAACUUCUACCACCCAAAAAAGCUGAUUUCUGUGGAAGUACCCAUGCAAUUUCCUCCUCCCAUUCCACCAUUCCCACGCAACCCUUCAAGCUCCUUCUCUGCACCUCCCUUCACUCCUUUCCAAAGUUAGCCUACUUCCCUUUUCUAUAUAUAUAUAUGCGGCUGACCUCCACUCACCUUGAUCAUACACUAUAACACAUACACCAUUCACCAAUGGAUGCUACUAAUUCGAGCCAUUCCAAACCAUCCAAAUGGCUCUCCAAGAAGGCCUUCAAGCUGAGCCUCCAUCGCCUCCACCGCACCAACUCCGGCCUGUCGACACCUCCACCAUCCCCCCAUCCUGGUUGGGCCAAGGGGUUCCAUGAUGCAUUCCGACACUUCGACGUAGACGAUGAUGGUAAAAUAUCAAGUGACGAGCUAACCGCCUUCCUUGCAUGGGCCGGGGAGGAUGUGAACCCUGACGAGGCCAAGCGGGUGAUCGAAGAUUUCGACUCGGAUGGCGAUGGGCUAAUGGACUAUUAUGACUUUGUUAGGCUAAUGGAGAGAGAUAAUGAUGGAGGGGAUGAGGAUUUGAGGAAGGCAUUUGAGAUGUUUGAGUUGGAGAAGGGGUCAGGGUGCAUUACACCCAAAGGACUGCAGAGGGUGCUGAGCCGUUUAGGGGACGUGAGGUCUAGUGAGGAGUGUGCCGGUAUGAUAAAGGCUUAUGAUCUUGAUGGGAAUGGGGUCCUCGAUUACCAUGAGUUCCAUCGCAUGAUGACUUGAUGUUACUUGAGUUCAUUGUGAGUGCGUUUUUUUCAACGUAAUUGUGCUCAAGUUCUUAUAAUUAGCAUAUAUGUUGCUUUAGUGCAAAAUUGCCUUUUAGUUUUAGUUUAGUUUUGGAUGAUAUCAAUGUAGAUAUCUAUUGUUCUUUAUCGGUUAAGUCUAUUUUAGAUUUAAAUGAUCCUUUUGAAUUA